AUGAAAUGAGCCCAAACCUUUCAACACAUUUAACCUCUCACUCUCUAUCUAUCUCUACCGAACACUCAUUCACAAAUUCCGGCGAGAGCCGCCGUUCUACAACAACACGCGGCCGCCGACGGCCCUGUUUCUCCCACUGAUUUCUCCACCUCACUCGAGACCAGCACAGCCCUCAAGCCGCUGCUAUCCUUCCCCUUUUCUUUGGCCGAACAUAAAUUCAAGUUGUUCCUUCUGAAAUUGGGGCGUGACAUUUCAGGAAAAGUUAUACCUUUAGAUUGUUGCUCAGGUUUUAUGAAGUAAGCCAUGAGUUGCAUUCAGAUCACUGCCUGCCAAUUAGCCUCUUCACCUUCUGCAUCACCAGUGCCGAUUUCUCAACUCAGUAAGGCAUCUAUAACCCUCUUGAGAGCAAAGGCAAAAUUUCCCAAGCUCUCCCUGAACUCGACCACUGCCACAUCUGAAUCCGAGCAAGCUCCGAAUAGGUCUCCAUGGAAAAUCAUUGAGAAUGCUGUGGGUAAUUUGAAAAAGGAGCCAUCAGUUGAGGAUUUACUGAGGCAGCAGAUUCAGAAACAAGAAUACUACGAUGAUGGAGGUACCCCUGGGAAACCUCCUGGCGGUGGUGGUGGUGGUGGUGGUGGUGGUGGUGGUGAUGGUGGUGGCUUUGGUGAAGCUGAAGAUGGCGGAUUUGCAGAAAUGUGGGACGAGUUCAGCCAAGUGAUUCUAGCAACUAUGGGCUUUAUAUUUCUGUACAUUUACAUCAUCGAAGGGGAAGAGAUUACUGUACUGGCAAAAGACUUGCUCCGUUUUCUCUUCAAACGACAAAUGAGCAUCCGUCUAAAGCGUCUAGUUGAAGGGUGGGAGGAUUUCUUCCAGAGCAUGAAAGACAAGCCAGCGUAUGAUCCGUAUUGGCUGGAACGUGAGAUUUUAAGUACCACAACAAUGUACGACAGCCCUGACAAGUACGCAUAUAUUUUCAAGGCUCUUGAUAAAAUCGAGUCAACGCCCGAUCAACUUGAGUCGCCGCCUGAACGUGAGGCAAUGUCCGAGUCAGGCGAUGACGAGCAGUACUAGAAAUUGCUCCUUUUAUCAUUUACGACUUGGCUAGCUUCUCAACUGCCCCAGAUAUGGUCCAUGAAAGGGUGGGAGAAUCCAAUUGCUUGACACAUACAUCUCUCUUUUGAACUGCAGUGCUGCAUAUUGAAAUCUGGCCUUUUGCUGCUAUAUAGAGUCAAAUCAUGUUGUGAUAGUAGUUGAAAUGAAAUAUUUAUCUGCACAUGUAAUCUUUGGCGUUUUUGCUAUUCUAUCAAUAAUCUCUCGAACCAUGGUUAUGCCCUUUUGUUUGAUUUGAAUUAUCCAUUUUGUUA